CGGACUCUGUCAGGCUCACCCAGACCAAAGAACUUUAAGAAGAUUCAUUUCAUCAAGAACAUGCGGCAGAAUGAUACGAGGAGCGGCAGAAUAGUCCUUAUUAGUGGCAGAAGAUCCUUCUGCAGCAUAUUUUCAGUGCUGCCAUAUCGGGACUGUAGCCAUGUUGGAGAUAUGAAAACAGAAGGUGGAAGGCAAUGUCAUUCUACUGCAGGUGUUUGCUUGAAAGAUAUAGUUGGCCUUGAAGGUGUGGAAUUAGGAGCUAAUGGAAAGACUGUUUCUUAUACCCAAUUUCUUUUUCCAACCAAUGCCUUGGGGGCACGGAGAAACACAAUAGACUCAACCUCAUCCUUUUCACAAUUUCGUAAUGCAAGCCAUCGUAGCCUUUCAUUGGGAAGAGCUAACAGCACCCAGGGGAGCAUUGAUACAGGCAGUGACUUGGGAGAUUAUACUGAAUACAACCCUAAUCUUUUAGAUGAUCCUCAAUGGCCAUGUGGAAAGCACAAGAGGGUGUUGAUAUUCCCUUCCUAUAUGACGACAGUCAUUGAUUAUGUGAAGCCAUCAGACCUUAAGAAAGAUAUGAAUGAGACCUUCAAGGAGAAGUUCCCUCACAUCAAAUUGACACUCAGUAAAAUAAGAAGCCUGAAGCGAGAAAUGCGCAAACUAGCUCAAGAAGAGUGUGGUUUUGAGGAGCCUACUGUGGCUAUGGCCUUUGUCUAUUUUGAAAAGCUUGCUCUCAAGGGGAAACUCAACAAGCAAAACAGAAAGCUCUGUGCUGGAGCAUGCGUCUUACUAGCUGCCAAAAUUGGCAGUGACAUCAAAAAGCAUGAAGUCAGGCAUCUUAUAGAUAAACUGGAAGAAAAGUUCCGCUUGAAUAGGCGAGAGUUGAUUGCCUUUGAGUUCCCGGUGUUAGUGGCCUUGGAAUUUGCUCUUCAUCUACCUGAACACGAAGUGAUGCCACAUUACAGACGUUUGAUCCAGAAUUCCUAGCACAGGCUACCCUUCCAAGAAGGGGGAGGGGUUUAAAAACUAUUGUCUAAUUUGCUCAGAAGAGCAGCAAGUUACUACUGGAAAAAAAAAAAAAAAAAAAAAAAAAAGGGA